AUGAGGAUCGGUUGUCUUCAGUUUGCGCCGCAGGUUGGCGAUGUCGACAACAACCUCAACCGUGCCGACUCGGUUCUCAACCGCGCGGAUCCCCGUGAUCUCGAUGACCUUGACCUACUGGUGCUUCCCGAAAUGGCCUUUAGUGGCUACAAUUUCAAGUCGCUUCAGGAGAUCAAGCCUUUCCUCGAGCCGAAAGGCUCAGGUAUAUCGGCACUUUGGGCUAGGACUACGGCGCUCAAGUACGACUGCAAGGUCGCUGUGGGCUACCCUGAGAUAGUCAACAGCACCACCGACUGGAGGCCCACGUCGCAGUACUUCAACUCAUUGCUCUUGGUCAAUGAGGAGGGCGAGACCCUUGCAAAUUACAGGAAGCAGCAUCUCUACUACACCGACGAGACGUGGUGCGCAGAGGGAACCGGAGGCUUCUUUCAGGGUGAGGUGGAUGGCAUCGGGCAGACGGCCAUGGGGAUUUGUAAGCAAAGCAGUCCCAACUUACCUCGAAAACUUGAUUCGCAAGUCGCAAGUCCCACUAACAUCCAUUCUCCUGCAGGCAUGGACAUCAAUCCUUACAAGUUUGAAGCGCCAUGGCAUCAGUUCGAGUUCGCUUUCCACAUCCUUGAAUCGCACGCCAACGUCGUCAUCAUUUCCAUGGCCUGGAGCACGCUGGAGGGCCGUGCUGCCUUCUGCAGCAAGCCAUACGAGCCCGACAUGGAGACGCUCGAGUACUGGGCCAAACGUAUGGAGCCCCUUAUCCGUGCCGAGACAGAGGAUGAGAUUAUCCUUAUCUUCGCCAACCGUUGCGGUAUCGAACGAGACGCCCUUUACGCCGGCACCAGCGCCGUUAUGGGCAUUCAAAACGGCGAGGUGAACGUCUAUGGCGUCCUCGGCCGAGGCACUAAGCACCUCCUCGUCGUCGACACGGACAAUGGCCCAUUCGCAAAGCUGGUCAGCCGUCCGGGUAGGGAUACGGCCGAGGGUGAGUGGGACGGCACCACGACCGACGCUGAAGUACAGGCCGGGGACUCGCGCUCGCCCGCCGAAGACGACUUGGACAACUUUUUGGACCUGAAUAAGAUCACGGAUCCCGUCAGCUAUCGACCCUCAGCACCAGUGCAGGCAACACCGGUCGAAUGUGCCCUAUAUGCUUGUGUGCCUGAGGUUCCCGAGGAGGCUGAAGAAGCCGAAGAUCUUCAGCAGGAAAGUGCGGGGCCUUCAAAACCGACCGAGCCACUGGAAAAGCCGACCAAUGACGAAAUAGCCGACUGGGCGAUGGAAAUCGACGGAAAAGAGCCGGCUCCAAGCGAACCCGCAGAUUCAUUUAUCGACUUGCCGCGCGCUGACAGUCCCAUACUGAGCUCAGCGCGACCACGACUGACGAUAUCAACGGCGACGUCACCAGCAACUCCGGUCAAGAACCCAGCAUCCUCCGAAUUGGGCGCUUUCCCGGCACCACCGCCACACGACCUCGACACACCACCACCCACUGGCGAGUUUCCCGAUCCAGAGUACCUAGCGGCAGCAGCUCAGGUUGAACGGUUGUUGUUCAGCACGACGGCUUUGCACACGCCAGAUGAACCAGACUGGCCACUCCCAGACGCCUCGGCCGUGUCGCGGUCGCGGUCUCAGUCGCCACUGCGAUCCCAGUCGCCGAUGCGGUCUCAAUCGCCGCUGGACCUAAAGCCGCUGCCGCUGCCUCCUCCUCUCGAAGGCGACAAGCCGUUACCUCUGCGACCCCAGGAAAGACUAUCCCCGGUAAGGAACGAGUUUAGAUCAUCGCCGGCGAAGAACGAGUUCACGAUUCCACUGCCAAUUUCGCCUACUACCGCGCCCGAAGAUGUCCCUCUACCGGAGGAGCACUCGCUAGAUGUACAAAGUCUGCCGCCGAUAGAAGUUCAGUCGCCAUUGACGCCCAUACUGACACCAGAGUCGACAAUGGCCAUUGUGAGUGAGAUGCCGCUCGUGCUUGCGCGGCACAUCAACCCCGACGAAUAUCAGCGCAGGGAUAGCGGAGUUUCGGAGAGGGCGAUGACGAUCGAGGUCGAGAGUCGCAACAAGGACACGGUUGUGGUGCAUCUGCGAGAUCAGACGCCUUCGCCAUCGCCUCCACGUUCCGUGACCAUAACCUUAAGUAUCGGAACCGCGUUGUGA